UCCGGUCAGCGGCCUGAGGUGACCUCUAAAAAUGGUUCGCUAUUCACUUGACCCAGAAAAUCCCACAAAAUCAUGCAAGUCGAGAGGUUCAAAUCUUCGUGUUCACUUUAAGAACACUCGUGAAACAGCCCAGGCCAUUAAGGGUAUGCAUAUCCGAAAAGCCACCAAGUAUCUGAAGGAUGUCACUUUAAAGAAGCAGUGUGUGCCAUUCCGUCGUUACAAUGGUGGAGUUGGUAGGUGUGCCCAGGCCAAACAGUGGGGCUGGACGCAGGGUCGGUGGCCCAAAAAGAGUGCUGAAUUUUUACUGCACAUGCUCAAAAAUGCAGAGAGUAAUGCUGAACUUAAGGGCUUGGAUGUAGAUUCUCUGGUCAUUGAGCAUAUCCAGGUGAACAAAGCCCCCAAGAUGAGGCGCAGGACUUAUAGAGCUCAUGGUCGGAUCAACCCAUACAUGAGCUCUCCGUGCCACAUUGAGAUGAUCCUUACUGAAAAAGAACAGAUUGUUCCUAAACCAGAAGAGGAGGUUGCCCAGAAGAAAAAGAUAUCCCAGAAGAAAUUGAAGAAACAAAAACUUAUGGCCCGGGAAUAAAUGCUGCAAAAAAUAAAUGCAAAUAAAAGUAAAAAAA